CUUGGGAAAGUUCUAAACUACGCAUGACCUAUCAAGGCACAUAGCCAGUUCCAGUUUCUCUGAGUCAAAGCAAUUGUCAAAGCCGCCGUAAUCCAUGUCGAGAAUAGAUGAUUUAGCAAGACCAAAGACUUCGAAAGCCUCCUGGAUGACAAGUUAUUGGCCCGUGAACUGGUCCAAUCAGAGUCUUAUACGACCGUUGACAAAGGCUGCAGUUAAAGCCAAAUCCACGCCUCGUUUAGAAGAACUUGCCGCACCCAAAAAAAACUUUCAACUGGAACAUCCAGAACGAUGUGACAGGAAAGAGUUCGUAUACAGCUGUGGCCGUGGGUCGAUGAUUUGGAAACCACCACAGUUUUCUCGAGACACAAAUUWAUAACUAUUAAAUUAACAUUAAUUUCGAGUAUAUUUUUUAUUAUGCUUUUUUCAUACACAAAGUCAUUUAAACCUGAUUUCAUCAUAAGAUUUUAUCCAAUUUCCAGUAUCCAGUUCUUAUACGUUUAUCAUCAUACUUUUUUAUUGCGCUAUYAUUUGCGAUGAGCACUAAGGUCACUAGUCAGAUCAUCAUGGUGGAUGGGCAAAGCACUCAUCACCCCGCACUGAUCUGCUCAUCUGAAUCAUACUCGGCGCGGAAAAAAAAUACAAAAAAAAA